AUGAUGAAAAGUAAGGAAGUUGUAGCAGGUGACUCAGAAAAUGAAUUUGAAGUAGAUGAACCGGAAGAAGUGGGAGACCAUUCUGAUGAUGAAUGGGCUCCAACAGCUGCUGCCAAAACUCCUGGUAAACGAGGACGACCAGCCAAAAGUGCACCUGCUAGCAAAAAGAAGAAACCAAAGGUUUCUGAUGAUGAUGAAGAAGAAGAAAUAUUACCUAAAAAAGAGAGAGGAUCAAAAGCUAAACCACCCCCACCUGCUGCACCAAUACCAACAUCAGCUAGAGGUCGUGGAAGAGCAUCUAAAGUAUUAAAAGUUGAGCCUGAAGAAGAGCCCGAAGAUGAUGAAGAGGAUGAAGACAUUGAAGAAGAUGAGGAGGAAGACGAUGAAGCAGAGGAUGAAGAAGAUGAUGAUGAAGAUGUAGAAGAAGAGGAAGAAGAGGAAGAAGUGCUUAAUCAAGGACCAAACGCAAAGCCAGCUAAAAAAUUCACUUCAGGAGCAUUUGUCGUACUCAAGACUGAUAUGAUUGGUAAAGGUAACCCUCCUGUAUGGAAAAUUGAUGGCAAGGCGUUGUUACAAAAGUAUAUUCCAUUCAAACAGGAUGGUAAAGUAUUAUACAAAAAUACUUCCGUUUAUUCUGGUUGGGGUUCCAAUGUUAAAGAGCAGUACUACUCUGCACCUGUAUCGUUUAUACAGCAAACGCGUAAAGAACACAUUAUAGACUUUCUUAAAGAUAAAAUUAAGAAAGAUCCUAAAGUUGAAGAAGCUUCCAAGAAAGAAUUAGAAGAAGAAGAUGAAGGUGAAUUUGAUGAUGAUGAUGAUGAAAAGGAGGAACAAGAUGAAGCGUAA